GGGAAAAGGUGGGACUGAACAAAUUUAAUAUGUACUUCUGCGAGAUAUCUAACACUUAAUUUUGUUGGUAUGGAUUGCAGAUGAUAAACAGGGAUAAUUUUAUACAUUAUUAUUUAUACAAAUUUCAUCAUGGCCGCAACAAUAAUUGGGGAUCACCAUCAUUUAGGAGGAGCACCUCUAGCUAUGUUAGCAGCACAAUACAACAAACUUGGAGACCGAUGUCCUUCGCCAUUGUCCGAAAGUAAGGGAUUUCAUCCAUGGAAACGUCCGAUUGCUGCAGUAACAGCACCAGAUCCUCUUUAUUUGUCUUCUUCAAGAUUACCCGGAUUAAAUGGAUCAGUUUCAGUGCCUUCGUCUAUGUGCUAUGGACGCUCACCUGCGAUGACAUCACAAUCUCCUUGCAACGAUUGGAUUCAUCCAUCAAGUGGUAUGUCGCAGCAAAUAUCCGAAACACCGUCCCCCACAUAUCCACCAAAGAUGGCGUCUGAUAAUUGUGCUAGUGCGUCAAUGUUUGGAAAUGUUUAUUCUCGAAUACCUCCGGUUAAUGGACAUUCAUAUGAAUCUUGGUCACUUAAUAUGAACAUUACUCACAUGAAAGGCGAAAAUGCACAACCGAAUGGACAUGCGUCUUCGUGGUGGGAUAUGCAUUCGUCCCCCACUAGCUGGUAUUCGGACAUACCCGUAACGGCACCAUCCAUCCAUUCACAACUUCCUCAAAGUUACCCUACUUCUGACUAUUCAUUAACGCAUUCUUUAGGAACAAGUUCAAAUCCUUACAUGCAACCAAGCCAGCAUAUGUUACAAGACGGAUACAAAUCUAUGUUUACACCUCAAAGUGAUAUUACAGCCUCAAGUUUGAAUCCGUUCUUAUCUAGACCGGUUCUAGGAAAUGUGCCAAUGACUAAAAACCAAAGAAGGCUUAAUGGGCGUGCUACCUGUGAUUGUCCCAAUUGUCAAGAAGCAGAACGCCUUGGACCCGCCGCUGCUCAGCUGCGGAAGAAAGCUAUGCAUAGCUGCCAUAUUCCCGGAUGUGGCAAGGUGUAUGGCAAGACUUCACAUUUAAAAGCCCAUUUACGUUGGCAUACUGGCGAACGGCCAUUCGUUUGUAACUGGCUGUUUUGUGGUAAACGGUUCACUCGUUCUGAUGAAUUACAGCGCCAUCUAAGGACACAUACUGGCGAAAAAAGGUUCGCCUGUCCAAUAUGCAAUAAACGGUUCAUGCGCAGUGAUCAUUUAAGUAAACAUACGAAAACACACGGAUGCAAUGACAAGAAAACAGAACAAACCAAAGAUUCUGACAAUAGUAGUGAUAAAAAGUCGAGUCCUGGUGCUAAAUCAUAAAACGCUUUAAGAAUAAUGUUACCGUACUGCUGAAAAUGUUUUAUUUUAAGAUGUAUUAAAUAUGUUGAUGCA